AUGGGUCGCAGAAAGACCUGCAUUAAAAAUAGGCUCAAGAACCUGCAUAAAAAUCCCCUUAAAGUCAAGUCCCAAGCACCAGAACCUGUCACAUCAAGCACAUCAGAGCCUGGAAUAGACUGUGACUCCAAGUCAGAAGCAUAUACUUCUGAUCUUGAGUUGGAGGACAGUGAGGAUGAGGUCGUGCAGGAAAUUCAAACAGAUUCGGACCUUCUUGCCUUUGCUGCCAAACUCCAGGCAGCACAUGACAGUAUGGUUAGAAAGGAGAGGGAAAGACAAGAAGCCACAAAGAGAAAACCAGUCUACAUGGGAAAUUCAGAUCGGACAAAACGGAGGCAGAGACUCGAGGGAAAGAAAAUGGAGGCUGCUGGAUUCCCAUCCAUAGUGUCAUUCUUCCGAAAAAAUGCAGAACCUGACAGCAGCAAACAGGAAGACAGAAUACAGAUUACCAAUGGCAGCCAGGUGCAAGGAGCCAGAUAUGUCACGGCAGAUCCGGAGAUUGUUGAGACCCAACAGCCAUCUCAGUCCGAACGAGUCUCGAGAUCUCCCAGCUUUGCGAAGAGCCAAGGCUGA